ACUGUCUAUCUUUUUCUUCCCAGAGACUGGCGAUGGGAAGCACCAAAUCGCGCCUCUCUACCGGAUCAUUUAGCGGAGAGACGGUUUCAUUCGCACCGUACACCGGGGGUGUUUAAUUCGCGAUUGCACGUAUUGGUGGACUUUGCGGGUUUCUCUGGGUUUUGGAUUAUAUUGGUGAAAUCAUUAUCAAGCACGGGCCGCGAUCCCGCACAACAACCGGUCUCGUCAGUGGGGCAAGACGGCGUUGAUAAUCUUGCGGGGCUAUUAUUUUGCGUACCGUGGCGUGCUGCUGCCUAGCACGUUAGUUGCACGGUACACAAUGAGGUGGUUAGUUUGUUCGAUCGUGUCCUUCUCGCUGGUGCUGGCUGUGGUCGGCGAGUCGCUCAACAGUGGCGAUGCGUGCAAAACGCCGUCCGGUACGGCGGGCAUCUGUGAGCCGGUGAAGAACUGUUCGUAUGUGCGGAAGAUCCUGCAAAGCCCUGACUUUUCGCACUACGAUACGAAUUAUCUGGAAACGUUACAAUGCGGCGAAAUGAAGAUUCCCAUGCGGAAGAAGCCUAUCCCGUUGCUGUGCUGUCCAAAGUUUGGCAAUUCACCUACGUGCGGGGCUCAGCAAAUAGCCGAUCGAAUCUACUUCGGCGAAGAGACGGAACGAGGCGUACAUCCGUGGGCUGCCCUGCUGUUCUAUAACGUUGGCAGAAAUCGAACCGUGCCAAAGUGUGGCGGUGCGCUCGUUUCGGAGCGGUAUGUGAUAACGGCUGCACACUGCACCGUAGACAAACCAAACUGGAAGCUACUGUACGUCCGUUUCAACGAGUUCAACACGAGCAGUCCGGAUAACUGUACCACGGGGGAAGAUGAUGAGGUCAUCUGCCGUGAAGACUACGCGGUGGAAUCGAUUAUACCGCACCCCGACUACGACAUGCACAACAACUCGCGCCCGAACGAUAUCUGCAUCCUACGGCUCGCUUCCGAUGUCACGUUCAACGACUAUGUACGUCCCAUCUGUUUGCCCUUUGAUCUCGCCAUCCAACAGCUUCCGGUAGCGGAUGAAAUCUUCACCGUCACCGGUUGGGGAGAGACAGAAGAGAGAAGGCCUAGCGACAUACAGAAACACGUGGACCUCCCUGGUUUGGAAAAUGAUGCCUGCAAUUCGGUGUAUGCCGUGGCAAACGUUACCCUCACCGACCGGCAACUGUGUAUCGGUGGAUUGCAAGGUGCUGACUCGUGUCGGGGCGAUUCCGGUGGACCACUGAUGCGAGAGGUUGCCGGUGGCUGGUAUCUCGUGGGUGUCGUCAGCUUCGGAGCACGGUUUUGUGGUACGGAAGAUUUGCCGGGGGUGUACACAAAUGUUGCAAAAUAUUUAGACUGGAUGGAGACUGUCAUGUUCGUGGAACAAUAUUUGUAGGCGUGAUAGGCAAUAAAAAGGCGACAGAUGUCAUGGAAUGGGUAAGAGCAGUA